AUGGCUACGGGAAUUUUAAAAGUUAAAGGCGGCCUAGUCGUCGAUGAGAAUGAGCAAACUGUGGUUCUUCGGGGAGCAGCACUUGGAGGAUGGAUGAAUAUGGAGAAUUUCAUCACCGGUUUCCCCGGCCAUGAAUCCCAGCACCGGGCCGCGAUGCGGAAAGUCCUCGGACCUGAAAAAUACGAGUUCUUCUUUGAUAAAUGGUUGGAGUACUUCUUCACCGAUGCAGAUGCCAAAUUCUUUGCCGAAGUAGGCCUCAACUGUCUUCGCUUGCCUUUUAACUAUCGCCACUUCGAGGAUGAUAUGAACCCACGAGUACUGAAGGAGUCGGGGUUCAAGCAUCUGGACCGUGUGAUUGAUCUGUGUGCGGCCCGCGGUAUUUACACUAUUUUGGACAUGCACGCGGUGCCUGGGGGCCAGAAUCCAGAUUGGCACUCCGACAAUCCCACGAGCUAUGCUGCUUUCUGGGAUUAUCGAGACCACCAGGACCGCACUGUAUGGUUAUGGGAACAGAUUGCCUCUCGAUAUAAGAACAACCCCUGGGUUGCCGGAUAUAACCCUCUUAAUGAGCCCUGUGACCCGGAGCAUGUCCGACUUCCUGCUUUCUAUGCUCGAGUGGAGAAAGCAAUUCGUGCAAUUGACCCAGAUCAUAUUUUGUGGCUAGAUGGAAACACAUUUGCUAUGGAGUGGAAGGGAUUCGACGAAGUGUUGCCCAACUGUGUUUAUGCUAUGCAUGACUACUCGUCAAUGGGAUUCCCUACUGGCGAUCGGUACCUUGGCACACCAGAGCAGAAGGCGCACCUUGAACGAUCAUAUCUUCGCAAGGCACAGUUCAUGACUGAGAAUGGCACUCCUGUCUGGAAUGGGGAGUUUGGUCCUGUCUACUCUGAUCCUGCAUUGGAUGUCGAUGCAGCAACAAUCAACCAAGAGCGAUACAAUCUGCUGGGAGAACAGCUGCGCAUCUAUGACAAAUACUCUAUUCAUUGGUCUAUUUGGGUAUACAAGGACAUUGGUCUACAAGGUAUGAUGUUCGCAAACCCACAAGGCAAAUGGAUCAAGACGAUCCAGCCCUUCCUUGAGAAGAAGCGAGCUAUCUGGAUCGAUAAAUGGGGUCAUCAGCAUGUCCCCGAGGCCGAGGCAGCUCUGAAACCCCUCCUCGAGUGGAUUGAUCGAGUCAGUCCCACGGCCAAGGAAACGUACCCUACCUCGUGGAAUACGGAGUUACACGUCACACGCAAUGUGCUCUAUACCUUUUUGGCCGCUUCGUUUACGGAUGAGUUUGCGGCAUUGUUCCAGGGAAUGGAGAAAGAUGAGCUUGAAGAAUUGGCGAAAAGUUUCCACUUUGAUGAGUGCGUGAAACGAGAGGGCCUGAAUCAUAUCCUGAAGGAACAUUCUCGCCAGUAA